GUCGUCACCUAGCACAGCAUUCAAAUUUCCAAGAGAGCUCCAGCGCGACUGUUGUGUACACCUCGAAGACCGCAGUUGGGGAAACGCAGAGUGCGUGUGUGUGUGUGUGUGUGUAUCGAGCGAUAUCUGACCUUCGGCGCGGACUUCUAUUUUUCGGACGAGCGGAGAAAUCACACCAGCCCCACAGCAGCAGCCUCAUCCUCGAGGAGCAACAUGGCCCAGAACAUCAACCCGUAUUACUCGUCGCAAGGGGCCCAGAGCAAGUCGCGCGAGGAGAAACAAAGCAUGCCCAAAGACAAUCACGCAGUGAGCAAACGCCUGCAGAAGGAACUCAUGAUCUUGAUGAUGAGCACCGAGAAAGGCGUGUCCGCAUUUCCCGAGGGUGAGAACCUAUUCAAGUGGGUUGGAACGAUCGCUGGACCCGCCGACACGGUGUAUGCAGGCCUGACCUACAAGCUGACUCUAGAGUUUCCCCACAGUUACCCAUACAGUGCACCAGUUGUUCGCUUUGCAACUCCGUGCUUUCAUCCAAAUGUUGACAGUGGUGGCAAUAUCUGUUUGGAUAUUCUAAAGGACAAGUGGAGCGCUCUUUAUGAUGUUCGUACUAUUCUCCUAUCGAUCCAGUCCCUGCUUGGUGAACCAAACAAUGACAGUCCCUUAAACCCUGUAGCAGCAGAACUCUGGAACGAUCAGACGCAAUACAAAAAACAUUUGACUGACGAAUACCAUAAAGCACAAGCAAAGUCUGAACAGGAUUCAUGAUAAGCAAUACCCACCAACACUCGCUGAUCAUUCAUUUCACAUAAUUUAAGAAAUACCUUACAAAAGAUCUGUUUUUAAAUCGUCUCUUAACUAGUAAGAGCAGUCAUUACCAAUGUCAGAGACAUAGGUUUCAAAAAUGUGUCUCGUACAAUUUUAAAUUUUUUUUAAACUUUACGUCGUUAAAACAUAGUCAAUAUGGAACAGCAAUCAUUUAUUAUUAUUGUUUUACAUGACUUUUUUUUAUAACCAUAUAUUAAUUUUUAAAGACGACAUAAAGGUACAAAUUUCUUUGAAAGAGUAUCAAUUGUAACGAUUCUCUCUCUCUCUCUCUCUCUCUUUCUAUGAAUUAAGGAAAGAAAAGUUUAUUUUUUAUUUAUUAUUUUAUAAGUUUAUUAUUGUAGAGAGAUGCAUAUAUUAUGACUUUGAUAAUUUCAUUUGUAAUUCGCAACAUGUAUAGGUCAACCUUUGAAAGACUACAAUUAGUUUUUAUACAUUUUACUUUAAUUUUGUAGGAGAGCGUCCUUUUAAUUCAUAAAGUUUUCAUACACAUAUUCAUAAAUAGUGUUUUAUAAGGAUAAUAUAUUUGCAGAUCAUAGGUUUUGCAACCCUUUACCAUCUAGAGAUAGUCAAAGUACAUUGAUCAAUCCACAAUCUGUAUCGAUCAUCCAUUAUGUAUCUUUCAACGCUCGACUGAAUAAAAUAGAGCAUAAGAAAUAAAUUUUUUUGUUUUGAGUUCAAAUUGUUUCAACCCAUUUUUUUUAUUCACGAUUUUUUUUUUCUUUUCAUUAUAAAAACACCCUUGGCAGAGAUUUCAAAUUGUAGAUGAUUUUUAGAUAACAAGAUAUGUAGAUGAUAGUGCAUCUAGAUACUCGUACUAGCUAACAGCACAAGUAUAAACAUGUGGUUCACAACAAGACGUCUUCCGGGAUUUUUGACAAAAGUCAAAGGAAUUACGGUUCCAAUUUCUCGAAAUCUUAGAAAUAUGACGACAUCAACAAAGGCCGCAUCAGAUAUCGAAGAACAAAAAAUCGAGGUAGAUGGAGUUAACAUCAACUAUGUCAGGACAGGAGUGGGAGAGCAUCCAGUGCUGCUGUUGCCAGGAGCUAUGGGAACGAUAUGGACUGAUUUCAAACCACAAAUUGAAAACCUUAACAAAGAGAAGUUGACAAUCGUUGCCUGGGAUCCUCCUGGAUAUGGAAAGUCCAGGCCUCCAGAGAAAACGUUUCCUGAAAAUUUCUUCAGGAGAGAUGCCACUUGGGCCUGCAAUCUAAUGAGAGCUUUGGGAUACAAUAAAUUCUCUCUACUUGGAUGGAGUGACGGUGGUAUCACGGCUCUUAUCUUGGCUGCACAUUAUCCGGAAAACGUUCGAAAAAUGAUUGUAACUGGAGCUAAUGCCUACAUCGCGCCACAGGAAAUGAAAAUUUAUGAAAAAAUAAGGGACAUAAACACAUGGUCUGAGAGGAUGAGGGCGCCAUUGGUUGCCAUCUAUGGAGAAAAGUAUUUCCAAGACGUUUGGAGUGCUUGGAUAGAUGGGAUGAAGAGGAUCUACGAUAACAACGGGGGUGACAUCUGUAAAAAAGAUUUGGUGAAAAUUAAGUGUCCAACUCUGAUAGUGCAUGGGGCGAAGGAUGCCAUGGUUCUUGGAGAACACCCAGAUCACCUCAAGGCGAACAUCGCUAAUUCUAGAAUGGAUAUUUUUGAAAACGGAGCACACAAUUUACAUCUAAGAUACGCAGAUGAGUUCAACUCGUUGGCGAACCAAUUCUUCACGGAAUAAAGUUACUAUUAAUACAAGACUGUUCCAUUUUCGCAAAGGUACACCGAAAAUAAUCCGAAAUCGUUACGGUAUUUUAGCUUUAGCUCAAUCUUUGCUAUUUCUAUUUAAGAGUAGACGCGAUACUUUUGUUAACAAUUUACAUUGUUUACUAUUUGCAAAUCACAAGAGACUUUAUGCGAAAUAUGUGAUGUUUAAAAAACACGAUGAAACGAACAAACUUUGCCAUAUGUAUACGUAUACGUAAAUAUUUUCAUAAGAAUAAAAAUAUUUUUCGAUAAUGUAAAA